AUGGCGGACGCCGCCCUCCCAUAUCAUGAGCCCGGCAUCAUCACAGUCUUGAUCCAGUCAUCUUUCCUCCUGGUCUUAAACAUUCUGGGGUUUGCCCUGGACCGCAUGUUCUACUGCGGCCUGGUGGGCCAGGUUCUCAUAGGAAUGGCAUGGGGAACACCUGGCUCCCAGCUGUUGUCUCGUGUAUUUGAGGAUACGGCAACGCAGCUUGGGUUCCUAGGCCUGAUCGCGAUUGUCUUCGAGGGCGGACUGGCGACCUCAGCUAAGUCACUAGGAAACUCUCUGAUACUGUCCACCUGCGUGGCCCUUACUGGGAUAUGUCUCCCAAUGGCUCUAUCUUUCUCUCUGAUGGCAAUAUCAAAUGCCACAAAGCUACAAGCCUUCGCAGCUGGAGCUGCACUAUGUUCAACGAGUCUAGGUACUACUUUUAGCCUUCUAAAGACGACAGGCCUGACAACGAGUCGCUUGGGAACCAUCCUCACCAGUGCCGCCAUGUUGGACGAUGUUGUUGGGCUGAUCAUGGUUCAAAUCAUAACAAAUUUGGGCACUAGCCAAACCUCUAUUUCGACGAAGAUGAUCAUACGCCCUAUUUUCGUAUCCCUUGCUUUCGCCAUCGCCCUUCCCGUGGUCUGCAAAGUGAAAGGAAGAUUCUCUUCGAAGGCAUUGGACCUGGAGGACAAGCUUCCAUUCCUUUUCUCAACAGCGCUUUUGGUGGCUCUCGUCACCGCAGCGAGCUAUGCCGGCACGUCAAACCUUUUCGCCGCUUAUCUAGCGGGCGCUACUAUAUCUUGGCUAGACGAAUCUAGUCUACAGGCAGUAGGUAUACGAUCUCAGGGAAAGUGUUCGCAGGCGCCUCAGGUUCAGAAAUCUUCGGUCAAUGCGACCUCCACUGUCGCGUCAGUACAGUCUGGUACCUCUCAGAAUGCCAGUGAAAUACCUGGAUCGGACCAUGACAAACCACAACACUAUCAGCCGCCGCUGAUGCAGCCAUCGAGACCGUCUCGUGAACUGACCCCUCCUCCCGAAGAUCCAAAUGCGGUGACAGGUGUCGAUCGAGAUUCAGGAUCAGCCGCUAUCCCUCGCGCACUGGACCUGGAGAGCCGCAGCCUCCAGAUGUACAACCGUUACUAUGCACCCGCGGUAGAGCGCAUAUUGAAACCAUUUUUCUUUGCAUCGAUCGGCUUUUCCAUCCCAAUCACCAAGAUGUUUCGAGGCCGUGUCAUCUGGCGCGGUCUAGUCUACGCAACAUUCAUGGUCCUCGGCAAGCUCUUUUGCGGUCUGUGGCUGGUCCGCUUCUCUCACUCGUCACCGAAACGAACGCCGCGACCUCUUCGUCCGCAGCCUUCGCAAUCCGACAAAAGGCACACAGAUACGAAGGAAAGGAGGAAGAGCAGCGCCAGCCCGCAUCGAUCUCUCCCUCGGCCGAAGUCUCUGUAUCCAGCAUCCAUCCUCGGCUGCGCCAUGGUCGCUCGAGGCGAGAUUGGAUUCCUGAUCGCCGCACUCGCAGCGACGAACGGCAUCUUUACGCGUAACGGAGCCGCGGAAAAGGCGCAGCCCGGAGAUGGGCUCGUAUCGGAUCUGUAUCUGAUUGUCAUUUGGGCGGUUCUUAUUUGCACCCUGGUCGGCCCGCUCGCUCUGGGGUUUCUGGCCAAAAGGGUCAAGAGGCUUCAGGAUGAAAGGGUGCGAGAUGGUAGCGGUCGUGGGACGAAGGAGGAUCCCCUGGGCAUUUGGGGAGUUGAUUAG